UGUGACUAUCGUUCAGCGAUACAUUUUGUUUAUUUUAUAAUAUUUGUGCAAAAUGUGGAAGUACGGACAAAAUCAAGGAAACCAAGGACCUGCGGGUGCCGGCGGAGGAGGCGGUGGUCCCAACAUGAUGCCGAUGGGAGGAUUUGGCAUGCAGCACGGAAAUAUGCAGCAGAUGCACAUGUCGCCGCAGCAUCAACAGCAACAGCAACAAAUGGGAAUGAUGGGCGGACCGGGCCCCAUGCAAAUGAAUCCCCAAGGUCCAGGAGGUCCUGGUGGUCUAAUGCCCGGUAUGUCGCCUCAACACCACAUGCAACAGCAGCAGAUGAUGCAACAACAAAUGAUGGUGCCCCAGCAGGGAGUAGGCGUUGGAGUGGGAGUUGGCGUCGGUAUGGGCGGAGGCGUGGGAAUGGGAGGAGGGGGCGUGGUUCUCCAGCAGCAGCAACCCCAACAAAACAUGCCCCAGCAGCAAAACAUUCCACAACAGCAACAGCAACUAAAUCCUGGUGGAGGAAUUCCAACCGGCGGCGCCGGUGGCAACAACAAUAUGCUCGCCAUCUCACAGCAAAAUCCCCACAAAGAGAUCAACAUUGUCCAGCUUUCACGUCUGGGCCAGGAAACAGUGCAGGACAUCGCCUCGCGAUUCCAGGAAGUCUUCGCCUCGCUCAAAAAUAUCCAGCCUACCUCGCAUCGGGACAACAACACCGAGAAAAAGGUGCAGGAGUACUUCCGCACCAUUAGACUGCUCUUCAAAAGGGUCCGAAUCAUAUAUGAGAAGUGUAACGACGCAGGGAUGGAUUACAUGAGCGCAGAGAGUCUGAUUCCCUACCGCGAUGAGCCGGAGCCGAGGAUCGAGACCUCCCAGUGCGAUGAAUACAGAAAAGUCUUGCAGGAGAAUCAUGAGCUUAUAGAGACUGUCAAGCUUAAGAACAGGCAGCUCCGCGAGAUCAUAGAUAGGACACGCAUCAUCAUCUGGGAGAUCAACACCAUGCUGGCCAUGCGGCGGUCGUAGGUUUAUAUAUUGUAGACAUGAUUAACAUUUUAAUAAAACUUCAAAACAUUGCCAACAAGCAAACUGUAA